UAUGCUGAAGCAGUGUAGAGAGAGGUAGAGGAAGAUGGGUACAGGGUGAGGAUUAAUGUGAGUAGGCAGAGACUAAUAGAGAGAGUGACCGGAAGAAGAAGCGGUGUGGCAAAUAUCAAAUCGUUGCGCUUUGCCUUGUUGGCCACCAAGCGUCAUGAUGAGUUUAAAGCGAAAGGGAAACACAAGGUUGAGCCACACACAGCCGAGCAGAUAGAGAGAGGAGAGACGUUCCUGCGAAGGUAACCAUGGCAAUGAUGGGCCAGAGUUCCUGCUCCUCGAUGAGUAACCACACCAAGGAGCGCGUGACCAUGGCCAAAGUAACCCUGGAGAACUUCUACAGCAACCUUAUCGCCCAACAUGAGGAGAGAGAGAUGAGGCAGCAAAAGUUGGAAAAGGUGAUGGACCAAGAGGGCUUGGUUGAUGAAGAGAAGUGUAUCCGGCGUUCUCAUCACGCCAGGAAAGAGACCGACUUCCUGCGUCUCAAACGAACCCGUCUGGGCCUGGAGGACUUUGAGUCCCUCAAGGUGAUUGGCCGAGGAGCUUUUGGAGAGGUGCGUCUGGUGCAGAAAAAGGACACUGGCCAUGUGUACGCUAUGAAGAUCCUCCGUAAGGCUGACAUGCUGGAGAAGGAACAGGUGGGUCACAUCCGUGCCGAGCGAGACAUUCUGGUGGAGGCAGACAGCCUGUGGGUGGUCAAGAUGUUCUACAGCUUCCAGGACAAGAUGAACCUCUACCUCAUCAUGGAGUUCCUGCCUGGCGGUGACAUGAUGACCCUGCUCAUGAAGAAGGAUACUCUGACUGAGGAGUCCACUCAGUUCUACAUCGCUGAGACAGUGAUAGCCAUCGACUCCAUCCACCAACUAGGCUUCAUCCACAGAGACAUCAAACCUGACAACCUGCUACUAGACUCCAGGGGCCAUGUGAAGCUGUCUGACUUUGGUUUAUGCACGGGUCUGAAGAGGGCCCAUCGUACGGAGUUCUACAAGAACCUCAACCACAGCCUCCCCAGUGACUUCAGUAAGCAAACAUUCAAUAACAUGAACUCAAAGAGGAAAGCAGAGACAUGGAAGAGGAACAGGAGACAGCUGGCCUUCUCUACUGUGGGCACCCCUGAUUACAUCGCCCCAGAAGUCUUCAUGCAGAACGGAUACAACAAGCUCUGUGAUUGGUGGAGCCUGGGAGUCAUCAUGUAUGAGAUGCUGAUAGGCUAUCCCCCGUUCUGCUCGGAGACCCCCCAGGAGACCUACAGGAAGGUGAUGAACUGGCGGGAAACGCUGACCUUUCCCCCGGAAGUGCCCAUCUCCGAGAAGGCCAAGGACCUCAUCCUCAGGUUUUGCUGUGAAGAGGAGCACAGGAUUGGAGCGACGGGGGUGGAGGACAUCAAGGGCAACGCCUUCUUCGAAGGGGUGGACUACGACCACAUCAGAGAGAGGCCCGCUGCCAUUCCCAUCCAGAUCAAAAGCAUCGACGACACGUCCAACUUUGACGAGUUCCCAGACUCCGAUAUCCUCCAGCCAACGGCUGCCCCUGUGGUGUCUAACCAUUCUGAGGCAGACCUGAAGAACAAGGACUGGGUCUUCAUCAACUACACCUACAAGCGCUUCGAGGGCCUCACAGCCCGAGGGACCAUCCCCUCCUACAUGAAGACAGGGAAGAGAUGAAUAAUUUCUUUGUUCACUCACUCACUCUACCUGCCCCUCAGACUGGCAUUCAAAAGGAAUACACCAUGGAGCCCACUGACCACUCCUCUAGCUCCAAAAGACACUAAAUUAACCUUGUUUUGGGCCCUUCCUGCUGAAGGGACGUUCCUCCUUCCCUUGCAUGGGACUUGAAGGGCUCUGUGUAGAGAAGUGUGUUCCCAUUAUACUGUCUGCAAGCUCAAUUCUUCAUGGAAUAAUUGUUUUUCUAUAUGGAAACUCAUGCUGUUCCACCCCAGUAUUUAAUUUCCCAUAGCUUUUUUUCAAGUGGGAUCCACCAAAGAGCAGUCUUGGAGAUGUUAUUUCCUUAGUUCCUUAGUUUGGGGAACAUCUCUCAGAUCUCCACUAGCAUCGGUCCAACUCGGCCAAGACUGAUUCUCUAUGCUUCAUUAUUCCACAGGAACGAACCAAGAUACCAGCAUAACGGGUCACCCUUGGGGCCAGAGCCAGUUGUCACAACAGCGGACCACACUCAACCGGCUAUACCCGCAUUCCGUCACUUCUCCCGUCAUAAACGGGCUUUGAAGUCUUAGCGGAGCAGCCAAUUAUCAAGGGCCUGGGAUCCAAUAUGCCUUGCUUUUCUGUCAAAGGGCUAGCUUUUCUCUCUUCAGUCCUUUUUCAACAAGAGAAAAAUGCUCCACACACAAUCAUAUUCUCCAUCUUUAGAAAUUAGGUCCCCCUAUUAAAACUAUUAGAAAUGGAGUGUCAUUUGACGGGAACUAAUGAGUUUUUAGUAAGCUCUCUGAAGCAUCUUGGGUGCUAGGCCUUCCGACAGGUUGCCUGUUGCAACAAGGCAACUCUUAACCAAAGAAAUUAUUAUUUUAGGGUUUCAAUGUAAUUGCUUUGUCCCCAUGUAAUUGUCACUUCAAUACCAUCAAUGGUAGAGCUGUUUUUAUACAUGGAUUUAUGCAAGUGUUUAUAGCAAUAUAAUCACCUCUCUGGAAUAUGAUUCCAUUUGAAAUGGAACUACACCUCCCAGAAGCCCACUUGUUUAGAUUCAUUCUUGAUUUGACAAUCAUCCACUUUUGAAGGGUAGCAUUCAUGUUGUUCUGAGUUUUUAUUAUUUGCCAAUAACUUUUUCUGGAUAUGCAUAUCCUUUAGCUGGAGCGCAAAAAAUCCGACCCAUUUCUUUGGUUUACUUUUAAAUGGACCUUUUUGUGGUAGGGCUAGAAGUAAGGCCAAGACAUCAAUCUUCUGUUUGUUCUCUCUUUCCUUGUUGUUAAAAAAACAACUUCCUGACCAUUGGUCUGUAGGGGCUUGGUAGGUGAAGUGGCAGGCAGGGCAACUUGGUUCAGUGGAGCUGGAAGGAACGGGGAAUAGAAAAGGAGCACCUUUUUAGAUUGAGGGACUCUGUCUCUGUGUACUCUGACCCCAGGUUCGGAUCAUUCACGUCACCUUUCACUUCUUGUCUUGUCUAUAGUUUCCUCUUGCUGUCGCUUGUUUUUUUUCUUAGCAACUGAGCUUUUGAGUAACAUUUUUUAAACAUUUCAUUUGUCUCAAGUUUUGUCAAGGAUAUGUCACCUGGAAGUUCCUUACUUUUCAAGAGGUGUGAGGGAGAAACUCUGACCAUAAUUCUACCCAGGGCUAUAUGUGACUGUCCUUAAAACAAAAUCCCAAAUGCUGUGUCAUUUUGAAUCGAAUGUAAUCCCCAAGGUGUAGUGGCAGAUUAAUUUCAUGCCAUGUUAAUUCCAAAAUGCUGAAUGGAAUGUAGCCACAGCCACCAUUAGUGGUAGGUUUCUGUCACUCAGGGAAGAUGUCAUCUGGUCUUUUCUUAAAUACCUGUAUGGUGUUCUGGGUAGUUUAGAGUACUUGCUGAAAUUUAAUAGCCAGAUUAUUUAUUUUUUACAACUGAGCGACAGCUGAUUCGAGACUGGUCUCUAAUCAUUUUACUGAUGCUUGAUGUCCAAAUGAUUCUGUAAUGCUGGGUUUAAAAACUAUUUGGGCGGAUGAGGUGGGAAUGUGCAUAUGACUUUUUAAAUGAUUGUAUUGUUAAUUUAUGCUGCUUGGUGUGUGUGAUUUGCUUGUCUUCAGAGGAAUGGUUGAUAUGCUCAGUAAAAAUGAGAUGUUUGAUUAACCCACACUGAUAACCUCAAGUUAUUUCUAGAUGUCACCCAACGGUGUGUAUGCUGUUCUUUUUCCCCAGGCAUACAUUGUGUGUGCCAGUCAAAAGUUUGGACACCUACUCAUUCAAAAGUUUUUUUCUUUCUUUUUUACAAUUUUCUACAUUGUAGAAUAGUAGUGACAGCAUCAAAAAUAUGAAAUAACACACGAAAUUAUGUAGUAACCAAAAAAUGAGAUUCUUCAAUAUAGACAUUCUUUGCCUUGAUGACAGCUUUGCAGUCUUGGCUCAACCAGCUUCAACUGUAAUGCUUUUCCAACAGUCUUGAAGGAGUUCCCACAUGCUGAGCACCUUUCGGCUGAUUUUCCUUCACUCUGCGAUCCAACUCAUCCCAAACCAUCUCAAUUGGGUUGAAUUCAGAUGAUUGUGGAGGCCAGGUCAUCUGACGCAGCACUCCAUCACACUCCUUGGUCAAAUAGCCCUAACACAGCCUGGAGGUCCGUUGUCCUGUUGAAAAACAAAUUGUAGUCCCACUGUGUCCAAACCAGAUGGGAUGGUGUAUUGCUGCAGAAUGCUGUGGUAGCCAUGCUGGUUAAGUGUGCCUUGAAUUCUAAAUUAGUGUCACCGGUAAAGCACCAUCACACUUACUCUGUGCUUCACGGUGGGAACCACACAUGUGGAGAUCUGUUCACCUACUCUGUGUCUCAAAGACACUGCGGUUGGAACCAAAAAUCUCACAUUUGGGCUCUGUCCGAAGGACAGACUUCCACCGGUCUAAUGUCUAUUGCUCGUGUUUUCCCAAGCAAGUCUUCUUUUUGGUGUCCUUUUAGUAGUGGUUUCUUUACAGCAAUUUGACCAUGAAGGCCUGAUUCACGCAGUUGAGAUGUCUGUUACUUGAACUCUGAAGCAAUUUUUUGGGGCUGCGAUCUGAGUGAGUGGUGAAGCUGGUAACUAAUGAACGUAUCCUCUGCAGCAGAGUUAACUCUGGGUCUUCCUUUCCUGUGGCGGUCCUCAGAGCCAGUUUCAUCACAGCGCUUGAUGUUUUUUUUCUCUCAACUGCACUUGAAGAAACGUUCAAAAUUCUUGGUGUUCUGUAUUGACUGACCUUCAUGUCUUUUAAAGUAAUUAUGGACUGUUUCUCCUUGCUUAUUUGAGCUGUUCUUGCCAUAAUAUGGACUUGGUCUUUUACCAAAUAGGGCUAUCUUCUGUAUACCACUCCUACUUUGUCACAACUGAUUGGUUCAAACGCAUUAAGAAAUUCCACAAAUUAACUUUAACGAUGCACACCUGCUAAUUGAAAAGCAUUCCAGGUGAAGCUGUUUGAGAGAAUGCCAAGAGUGUGCAAAGCUGUCAUCAAGGUAAAGGGUGGCUACUUUGAGGGAUCUAAAAUAUAUUUUGAUUUAACACUUUCUUUGGUUACUACAUGAUUCCAUAUGUGUUAUUUCAUAGUUUGUCUUCACUAUUAUUCUACAAUGCAGAAAACUGUCAAAAAUAAACUCUUGAAUGUGUCAA